AUGUACUUUGUAAAUGGGUAUAAGUAUCAUACCGAAGAAUGGAGCAAAGGUAAAAAAACUGUCAAUUGUGGUGUGCACGUGAAAGGUCUCGCUGAAGGAGGAAAAGAUGAUUUUUAUGGCAUAAUCAAACAUAUAUAUGAACUAGAUUACUUUGGUUUGAAGGAGAAGAUUCCACUUUUUUAUUGUGAAUGGUUUGACCCAACAAAGAACACAGGAACAAAGGUUCAUCCACAAUAUAAAACUGUUGAUAUUAAGAUGGAUAAGCGUUAUCGUCCUUAUGAUCCUUUCAUCCUUGCGCAAAAUGCAAGACAAGUGUAUUAUGUCCCAUAUCCAGAAAUGUGUAGAGAUAUGCGUGGAUGGUGCGCGACAAUCACCAUAAAACCAAGGGGUCAUGUGAUGAUUGAUAACAUAGAGGAUGAAAUGCCAUAUCAGUUUGAUGGGAUGUUACCUGUUCUACCCACUAUUGAAAUUGAAUCAAUAUCUUGUUUGUGUGACGACACACAAGUAGAUGUGUUUGAAGAGAUUUUUGAUACGUAG